UGGUGGCGACGCCUACUGAGGCGACCACCGUUGCGCCGUCUCGGUUUGCCGCUAUCAGCCUCCUCCUCCUGUUCCUCCUCGUCUCCCUCCGCACCGUCCUCGCAUGCACGCUGUGCAUCGCACCAAGGGAGCAGGCCCCCACCGCUUUCCGCAGUUCCUGAGGACGAGGUAGCGAGCGGAGGGAAGUCGCCACGGCACUGCCUGGGCGAUAAUGACCAAGGCGAGGGCGACAGUACCAACGUUGACGGCGGUACAGGUCCCUCUCGCCACCCUCUGGGCAACGUGUUGAUGCAGCUGGCGUUGUGGUCGGGUGGUGUUGCGUGUGGCAUGUUGCUGAUGUUGGGGGUGGCGGGUUUGGUGGAAGGCACGCUGGGUAGAGCGGGCGGCGCGCAGGGGUCUUCGCACAUGCUGUUGCAGACCUGUGGGGGCUGUGGUGUGGAGGGAAAAGGUGGUGCAGAGAAGGAGAGGGAUCAGAGGCGUGGGCACGGAGGAGGUGGGGGAAAGGAGGAGGGGAGGAAAGGCCGUGAUGGCAAUGGCGGGCGCAGGCGGAGGAGGUAGGGGGGUUCCUGUCGGGUUGUGGCUUGUGGUGGGUAGCCUGCUGGGAUAGUGUAGCUGCAGAGGGAAGGGACCGCAUAUUCAACUUGAGACCGUGGUGUUUGGGGACAUGUACGUACCACCUGUAUAUGUGAUGUACACACGUGAUCGCGGCCAGUUUACGCUUACAGAAUUUGUGCCCUGGACCAGCCUGGACGUAAAUGGGUUUUUCUUAACCUCUGAUGAGCGUGCAUGCGGACUCUGUGCAUACCGUAUAUCUUCUGUCGUACAGUUGGCAUUGCCGUACAUGGCAGUUGCCGUGACUCGUUAACUGGGAGCUUGAAACACUGAGCAGCCUUGUGCAUGCCUGGACGGCAAGCUGUUUAUAGGUUAUUUCCCCGUUCAUUCGACGCGUGAGCCAACCAACGUCUGUCAACAUCCGCUGGUUGUCAGCGAGCGGCUGAUUCGACCGAGGCGUGUGCCUGGAUAACUAUGGUUAGUUCACAACUAAAUUGUUUAGCUGUUGACCGUGUUCGAGGUGUGCCUGGAGUGACCGAACCAAGGGAUGCUAGGGUGUGUAUGUGACUGCAGGGUGCAAUAUUUGAGUUGCGGUUUUGGUUGCUGUUGGCGGUUGCGGUGGCCGUUGGCGGGCCCAAGCGCGCAGAGUCUUGACGAGACAAGUGAUGAGUGGCAAGAAAGGAGACACCAGGUAGCGCCAUAUGCGCAUUAGUUACCAGACAUGCUAGCGAGCUAGCCUGCAUGUGAGUAUGGGCGACUGGUCGUCGUACGAAUCGGAUGGGGGUGAAGGCAGUGUAGUGUACCUUUGCUGGAUCAAUUGAACUGGCGAUGCCUGUCACGUGGUAUGAUGUAGCUAUACAACCAAGCUCAUAUGUCAUGAAACAUAUGACAAGGGUUCAGGUUAAACGCGACAGGGUGGGUCACAACUUGCUGUGGGAUAACACAACGG